GACUCACGGGCACACACGCACACACAAGUUUCGUCUUCGUUGGUGGACGGGCCUCUCAAGCGUUCCCCUUCAUUCUUUCUCCUUCGUCGCCCUCGCCUUCUGCGGCGUUUACGACAAUACCCACCUCCUCUACACACCUUCCUUGUAGCAUCUAUACACUUCCAGUGGGAAUCUGAUAAGAGGAAGAACCUUAGAACGAAGAUGGAGGAAUCACAUUGAACGAAACAGGUUGUUGAGAGGCGGACCUGAACUCCGAGGCAUCUUCGUGACGCAACUGGAGGAAAAGUUUGGUUCUGAGUGAGGGAUAAACACAAAGUCAUCUGCCUCAUAUAAGGUUCCUGUAGUCAUCACUUGCUGCCGCCCUCACACUUGACUUUCGCACUUCUCUACAGCAUAAUGGUGAGUCGUGUGGGCGUGGUGGUGGUGGUGAUGGGGGCGUGGCUGGCUGGUGGUGGACGGGUCUUGGCCAAUCACAGCCAGUGUGACGUGCAGGCCCUCCGCUGUGACGUCAUCUGCGCCUUCCCUGACCUUGGCCUUCACUGUAGCCGCUGUAUUCGGAGGCGACCUAUGAGGUUCGGUAAGAGAAGCGGAGAACCACCCAGAACCUUGAGCGUGGCGGCGACGGGGAGCCCUCUGGUGGCGGUCAUCUCUCACCCAGGACCUACCCACCUGCAGAAGACCAAGAGCCAAGACCCCGGCCAGUCCGGGUUAGCGAGCUCCACCGUGCAGUACAAGAGAACUUCGGGGGUACACGACGCAGCCCGACCUGUCGUCAGCUCAAGUCUUCGUCAGCUGAUCAACAAGGUCCUCUGGAAUGAAUACACCGCCAGGAAGACUCUCCCGUCAGGGGACCGACAGCAGGAGGCUUACAGCAGCCAGCUUGGACGAUACGUCUCAGACUUACAAAGUGAACUUGGCCCCGACUAUGAUGACUCUACUGAAGGUGUUGAGUAUGUUAGCGUCAUGCGGAGUCGUCGAAGUCCUCACCACACGUUAGACAACCUCGGGUCCGGAGGAGUACAGAGUGACGGGAGGUUCCCUGUGGAGAGGAGGUCGAAAAGAUCGGGGGUGCACGAGGUGAUCGAGGGCCUGAUGGACCUGCUGGGUCUGGACGAGCUGCCAGUAGACCCCACACUGUACGGCUGUUAUGAACUACUCCUCGACUAGCACCAGCCACCGACUUCCCUCUACCACAAUUAUGCUCAAUUUACGUUGAAUUUAUAAUAUAACAAUGAACAUUGUUUGUACCUUAACACUGACACACGUUCCUCACUGGCAGAUGUGCAAUAGUAGUGAUUAAUAAUGAACAGGACAAGUAUCAGUCGCUGGCAGCCUGGCAGUAGUGACCUCAACACACAGAUGGCGCCACCAUUACCUCUCUCACACUGAACAUUCUUGUAUAUUUAUUUUCACCGUCUCAGCAUCAGAGAACUUUCUAGGUACAUAAAGGAAUGGCACUUAUUAAUGAACAUUUAGUAAAAAAAAAAGUUUAAAAGCAUCAUCUUGAUUGGGUAUACUGUAGUCUUCAAUAACAAACUCGUAAGUCAUUUUUGGAGUAUCGGAAACCCCUUCUCAAAUAGAGGCUGUAAGUCAUGUUGAGGACCGUGUGGUGUUGAUAUACAUACAUACAUACAUACAUACAUACAUACACGUAGUCACAGUUUCUCAAGAUAGAAACAUUUAGGGUUGACUGUCAGCUUGGCGUCCCCUGCACAGAAGGUCUGGGAGUGGCUACAGGGCCUGAGGCUGGCUGAGAAGGGCUUUCCGUCCUCCAUAUUCCUCUUAAUUAUUAAACUAAUUAAUUACGCGCUUAAAGACUUUAUAAUGUUGAGGCGUACUGAUAAGAUAACAUCACCACCUUGCACUAUAUCUAUCAGUUCUGUAAGCUGAUUCGUGCAUUCUGUCAGUUUUCUCUUGUACUUCUGACGGUAUUUAAACUGACAGAAGGUUCUUUGGUGACAGACAGCUGACGAUCCAAAUAGAAGCUGACACUGUUUGGAAAAACGUAUAUAUACAGUAUAAUAACCUUGCUGGAAACUGUCUUUGAAGUUAUUAGACUCAUUAGGCAAAAUUCGUCUUUGUUUCACUCUCAAGAAAUUUUUUUGACGGAAAGUGACGAGGCUAUUUGUGUAGCUACAGGAACACGUAGGUUUGUAUUGCAGGUCAUUUACCAUAUAUCAGGGCAACAAAAUGGAUCACCUGGGGAUUAACCACCCCACUUUAUUUGACCUUCACAUUAACCACCCAAGAACGUUAUCAUAACCCAACCUACCGUAAUCUAAAGCUAAAGUUAACCUAAUCUAAAAUAACGCGAACCUAAUCUAACAACAUAGCAUAACAUAACCUAAACGAAUCUAACACUUAACCUAACCUAACCUAACCUAACCUAACCUAACCUA